GAAAAGAAGCAUUGAAACGGCGGCGUCUUACGUUAUCCGCACAGUCUUCUUCAAACUACUGCUAAGUGGAGUACUUUCUCUCGCCAUCUAUGGUGUCAACCACGGAAAAUUGAACUCCUCAAAGGUUACAACAAUGGCGUCUGCAUCUUCACCUUCCUCGCUCUCUCUCCUCUCGAAUUCACUCUCCAAACUCCACAACCGCCAAUUCACGGCUCUCCCUUCCACAGCUCGACCGGGUUCGAAUCGGUUUCAAUGUCAGGCGACCGGACCAACCGGGUUCUUCACGAAAUUGGGGCGGCUGAUCAAGGAGAAGGCCAAAAGUGACGUGGAGAAAGUUUUCUCAGGAUUUUCGAAAACUCGCGACAACCUCGCCGUCAUCGAUGAGCUCCUCUUGUAUUGGAACCUCGCCGACACCGACCGCGUCCUCGACGAACUGGAGGAGGCAUUGCUGGUGUCUGAUUUUGGGCCGAGGAUUACGAUGAAGAUUGUGGAAUCUUUGCGGGAAGAUAUUUUGGCUGGUAAGCUUAAAUCUGGACCUGAAAUUAAGGCUGCCUUGAAGAAGAGUGUUCUUGAGUUUCUAACAAAGAAAGGAAGUAAGACAGAACUUCAGCUGGGAUUUAGGAAGCCUGCUGUAAUCAUGAUAGUUGGUGUAAAUGGAGGUGGAAAAACAACUUCUCUUGGCAAGUUGGCUCAUAGAUUGAAGAAAGAAGGAGCUAAGAUACUACUAGCAGCCGGUGAUACAUUUCGUGCUGCUGCAAGUGAUCAGCUUGAGAUAUGGGCUGAACGAACAGGUUGUGACAUUGUCGUAGCAGAGAAAGAGAAGGCCAAAGCAGCAUCAGUUCUUUCGCAGGCUGUUAAAAGAGGGAAAGAAGGCGGAUUUGAUAUUGUCCUAUGUGACACAUCUGGCCGUCUUCAUACUAAUUACAGUCUCAUGGAGGAAUUGAUAGCUUGUAAAAAAGCUGUGGGUAAAGUAGUUUCUGGUGCUCCUAAUGAGAUUCUGCUUGUUUUGGAUGGAACAACUGGUUUAAAUAUGCUUCCUCAGGCCAGGGAGUUCAACGAAGUUGUUGGAAUUACUGGAUUGAUCUUGACAAAACUUGACGGUUCCGCAAGAGGUGGUUGUGUGGUCAGCGUGGUAGAUGAGCUCGCUAUUCCUGUGAAAUUUGUGGGUGUUGGGGAGGGCCUGGAAGACCUUCAGCCUUUUGACGCCGAAGCCUUUGUUGAUGCCAUAUUCUCAUAAUGUGUAACUGGUGAGAGGUUUUGUACGUACGUUCACAGAACAAAAUGAAUUCAAAGUCAAGGAGCUGACGCUAAAGGAUUGAUCACCAUGAUGGCAUCUUUAAAGAGUUUGGGAGAUUGAAGCUUGCCAAUGAACAACCCUCAGCCAGAGUACAUAUCUCAGCGUUAUCCUUGGUUUGCAUCAUUCAAAGAGCUAUUCUGUGUGCUCGUCUAGUCCAUCCUUACCAACCUCUAAGGAGGCCUAGGUAUAGGCAAAAUUGUACAAGGUGCAUACCUUAUGAAGAUAUGAUAUAUCAUAUAUGAGCUACUUUCUUAGUUGGAGAUAUUUGUGGGGUACAUUCUUGAAAUGUAUCAACAUAACAUGUACUUUUGUUGUAUUGAGUAAUGCUCUAAUGAAGAUACAUUUUGUGGAUACUUUGGAGUGUAAAUUAAAAGUUGCAAUAUUUCCUCGA